AUGGGGGAGGCACCCAGCCCCGCGCCCGCGCUCUGGGACUGGGACUAUCUGGACCGCUGCUUCGCCCGCCACCGCGUCUGCAUCUCCUUCGGCCUGUGGAUCUGCGCCUCCUCCUGCUGGAUCGCCGCCCACGCGCUGCUUCUCUAUCUGAGAUGUGCAAAGAAAUGUGGGCAGGGCCAGUCGGCACUGUGCGCCGCGUGCUGCCUCCUGACCAGUCUGUGUGACACCGUCGGGGCUGUUCUAGCCAGACAGCUCACCAUCCAGGUUUUCACUGGUGCCUACCUAGCAGCUAUUGACUUGGUGAACUUUGUGUUCAUUCUAUUCCCAGUCUGUGGAUCCAAAUUCAAGUCUAAUUCAGAUGGGGGCUCCCGAGGCAGGAAGAGGAAGCAGCGGCUCAGGGCCAGUGUAUUUGCCCUGGCCCUGCCGCUGAGCCUGGGCCCGUGCUGGGCUCUCUGGGCCGCUGUCCCAAAGUCUUCAGCCCCCAUCCGAGGGCCGCAGAGGAGGCUGCUGGCAAGCGUGCUGCAGGAAAAUACCGAACUCCUCGGCUACCUGUUGGGCAGCAUCGCUGCCUUCGGCGCCUGGGCUUCCCGGAUCCCUCCACUCUCCAGAAUCUGCCAGGGGAAGAUGUUUUCCUGCAUCCACCUGUGGACCCGGCUCCUGUCGGCCCUGGCUGGCCUCCUCUACGCCUCGGCCAUUGUGGCCCAUGACCGGCAGCCCGAGUACCUGCUGCGGGCCACACCCUGGUUCCUGACCUCCCUCGGCCGAGCUGCACUGGACCUUGCGAAUUCAGAUUGGGUGCCUCUCACCACCCUGUCACACCACAAGUCACUGAGGACGAUGGCAGCAAUCAGUCACUACAUGGAGCUGACCAUCGAGCCCGUGCAGCAGGCAGGCUGCAGUGCCACCAGGCUGCCCGGCGACGGACAGACGAGCGCUGGAGACGCACCCCUGCAGGAGCCCCCCUCAUACCCUCCUGUUCAGGUCAUCCGGGCCCGAGUGUCUUCCAGCAGCUCCUCCGAGGUGUCCUCCAUCAACUCCGACCUGGAGAAGUAUUGGGAGGCCCUAAACUCGGAGCAGUGGGACCCUGAAGAUGUGAAUCUUGAAAGACACAAAGACAGCAUGGAGAUGCUCGGAUCCCACGUGCACAGGGGCUCUUUGAGGCCCAUAGACUUGACCUCUGAUGAUUAA